AUGGAAUUUAAUCAUUGCAUCAAGUUUCUAUUCGAAACUGUCGAUCGUAAGAAAUAUGCAACAGAUUCGAAACUUUCCAAUGAAGAUUUUCAAUUAUUGAAACCAUAUGCAGAUUCUGCCAUGCCUCUUCGUUGUAAUGCCACAAUUUCAGCACCUCACAUGCAUGUCACUUGUUUAAAUGCUUUGAAAGAUUCGAUUAGUUUGGAAAAUUCGAAAGCAGACGAAAUUUCAUGUUUGGAUAUUGGAAGUGGAAGUGGAUUUAUCAGUGCAGCUCUUUGUCAUUUAUUGGAAUAUCAUGGAAAGAAGGGAAGGAUUUUAGCAAUUGAUCAUAUUUCAGAUUUGGUUGAAUUGGGAAGAGAAAAUGUUGAACGAGACGAAAGUUCAAAG